AUGGCCCAUACAUACGACACUGAACGGGACAUUGACGCUCGGAAGUUCAAUCUGUAUGUUCUUCUCCCGAACUACUUCCCAUUCGGAACACUAACCUCCAAAGAGCCCCGUUUUAAGCCACCAAUACACCGCGUAUACGAAGAUGUUUACCACCCGAAGUCAAACAAAUCCGCUUCGUUUCAACAGCGGUCAUAUUUUCCGGAUUACUUGUCGUUGGGAUCCCGCAUGGCAUCCAAGUUUCGCAAGAUCGACCGAGCAGCCCGUCUAUCUAUCACGAACACUCUCGAGAACACUCGAGAGCACUCAGUCUAUUCGAUUGAGAACGGACAUCUCCAUGAAGCCUAUCAAGGCAGUGUCAUUACCGAUCAACGGUCUCAGGAAACCUUCAAGCUUUAUUCCACUGAAGCUGCUGACGACCGCAGACGCGAGACCGGAAGGGGAGUCGGUUGCACGGAGAAGGGCUCCAAGUCGACAUCGUGUAGUCGAGCAAACUAUGUCUCCGCCACUUUUCAUGAACUCACCACUGCAUCCUCGCAGGCCCAACUAUCAGCUCAGCCAAGCGUUCCACUCCAAACAACCAAUGCUACUCAACCAACUUCCAAUCCGGCAAUAUCAUUGCCUACAGGCCAAGGCAACUCAAAUGCGCGAUUCUCCCGCGCCAUGGUCCUGCUCCCAAGGAACAGCGCAAUACACAUGGAACCAGUCACCCUCAACGAAGAUGUGCCAAACAUCAAUCUUAUACCAGAUCUUCGAAAGGUUGAGAAGAUCCCUUAUGACGCGUGUGUUCUCCCUUGCGGAAACUUUUCGACAUAUGGGGCUGCUCUUCCAAAUUUGGACGUUCUGCCGCUUGAUGAUAGGGCUACUGACGACCAGAAAAGGGAGAUGAGCCACUACAGGGAUGUGAUUGAUACCCUCCUCACAAUGCAGCAAGGAGUCUACACCAUGUGUCUCUACGACGAAUGUGGUCAGGUCUUCAAGAAACAACAUCAAGUUGAUAAACACAUCAAGUCAGCGCACCCUGGACUCACUGGAACCGGUGACUCAGGGACAGCUGAUGGGGAUGUUCCUAGCCUUACCGAAACGCGUGUUUCUGUGCAAGCAAAAUGUCAAUCGUAA